UGCACUCUCCGGUUUUCAGUAUAAAAUAUGACUUUCGGUGUGAAAAGUUUUAUUAUGACUGAAACAUUCGCGUUAUUUUUUCAAAAGUGAACUUUCGUCAAUGAAAUUGAGUUAUUGCUGUUCAAAUUUAUUGAAAAUUGGCGACCCAACUCAUUUCAGGAGUCACAGAUAUUGCCGGUCGAAUUAGGUCUCGUUAAUUUCAUUAUAGGCCUACCUAUUCGUUUUGUUCAAUUUCAAGACAGAAAAUACUCAAAAUGACGAAAACAUUACUCGUGAUAUUACUUGUGUUGAAAUAUCUGCAUUUCGUUCACUCCAUUGCUGAUGUAUCAGAUGAACCACAAAUCAACCUCAAAGGAUACUAUCAAGGAUUCAGAUUAUUCAAGAUCAACACCACUUAUCACUUCGAAUGUACAUCAACCGGUUACCCCAUACCCCAAAUCAAAUGGUCAGCAAAAAUUUGCGAAGAUCAUUCAAAAUGUAAAAAUAAUGGCACUUUUCAAAGAAUACCGCAAUCAAUGCACGAAGAAAGAGUAAAAGGAACACGCAAAGUAAUUUCUACCCUCCAUUUCAUGUCUAAUCAAAGUGAAAUCGUACAAUGCGAAGCAAAUAAUUCGCUCGGAUUUGCAAACAUAUCAUUUCCAUUUCUAGUCACAGAUUAUGAAAAUUCCACAGCUGUGGUAAUUAAGAAUUAUUCAGCAUCAAUUAUCGUUGGAGAAGAUGUUGAAAUUAUGUGUGCGGUACCAAAAUAUUAUUAUUACAAUAGUUUCGAAUGGAUGUAUACAAAAAAUUUAACGCGAACUUCUCAGAAGAAAAGAGUUACUCCAGCUACAGAAAUUCGAAUUCAAAACUCCACCACCUAUUCUUCAUACAUAUCAACGCUUUUCAUCAAAAACGUACAAAAAAAUCAAACUGGAAUAUACAUUUGCCAAACCAGUGUGAAUCGAGUGGGUAAUUUUUGGGUUCACACCAACAGCAGUUCAGUAAAUUUGACUGUUUUAGAACCAAAACCACCGACUAUUAUCCAUUCUAUGAUGAAAAAUGGAGUUUGGCAAGUUCACCAGGAAACAUCAGUUCAUAUUCUCAUUCAAGUAGAUGGGAUUCCAUCUCCCUCCGUUAUCUGGUAUAAGAAUGAAAAACCUGUUCCAUUAAGUAAUCGUAUCACUUUGUCCAAUGAUUCGAGAAACCUAUCUAUCGCUAAUAUGUCCCCGGAGGAUGAAGGGAUGUAUUCAUUCGUAGCUAGCAAUAUGGCUGGAAACGUUACAGAUAGAAUACAUCUAUCAAUUAAAGCUCCAGAAGAAAAUAAAUACCUUUUUCACAUUGGAAUCAUAAUUAUCAUUUCGAUUUCAUCGAUUGGGAUGGUGACAUUUUACUUUGCACGAAAACUGUACAGACAAAAAAUGAAAUUACAAAAAGUUCUCAAAGAAUACGGAUUAGAGCAUCGGGAAGGUAGCGUUACAACAAACCUAGACCCCGACUUAAACAUAUCCGAACAGACGUUUUUCAUCUCUUAUAAUAAAAAAUACAAUUUUCCGAGAAAAAAAUUGGAAUUCGGCGGAGUGCUUGGAUCCGGCUCCUUUGGCGUAGUUCAUAAAGCAGAAGCAGAUGGAAUCCGUGUAAAAGGACUGAAAACGACUGUUGCUGUAAAAAUGGCCAAACACGGCGACGAGUUAUGUUUAAAAGCGCUAACGUCCGAAAUGAAGAUUAUGAUAUACUUGGGGGAUCAUAUUAAUGUCGUACAGCUGCUGGGUGCCUGCCCCGAAGAUUUAGCAGACGGAGAAUUACUGAUUAUAGUAGAGUAUUGCAAACAUGGUAAUCUGCGAGAUUUUCUUUCAAAGAGAAGAAACCAGUUUGUCAAUCAAGUAAAUAAAAAUGAUGAAAUUGAUCUUUCUAUCAUCACGCCAAAUUUUUACGAAAACAUCCCACGCUUAGGAAAACCUCAGCUAAAUGAAACAGCAACACUGGAAAAAGACCCAACAAUCGGUAAUGUUUCGAAUGACCAACACCUCAAAGAGAUGCCAAACGACAAUGUUGCUAUCAACACCACCAAUUUGAUUUGUUGGUCGUACCAGCUAGCUCGGGGAAUGGAGUUCCUGGCCAGUCGCAAGGUUUUACACGGCGAUUUGGCCGCCAGAAACGUCCUUUUAACAGAAGAUGGAAUCGUUAAAGUUGGCGAUUUCGGCUUCGCCAAAAAUAUGUCUUUUAAGGAGAAUUACCAAAGUAGUAAAACAUUUUUACCAAUAAAAUGGCUGGCAAUAGAGACGCUUCGCGAAAAAUUAUUUUCCACUCAAUCCGACGUUUGGGCAUUUGGUAUAACAUUAUGGGAAUUGUUCUCAUUGGCAGUUACGCCAUAUCCGGGCAUAGAAAAAGAUGAAACAUUGUUCAAUAAGUUGGUUUCCGGAUACAGAAUGGCGAAACCAAGAUUCGCUACGAAUAAAAUAUACGAAUUGAUGAUGAGUUGUUGGGAACACCAUUCUAAAGAUAGACCAUCAUUUACCAAACUCAGCGAAAUACUUGGAACUUUACUGGAAGAUCCAGCUCCAGCACAUUCUCAAAAUACUGAAUCAGUGGACAGUGUUGAAGAUGAUGUAAGCGAGUAUACAACCACUUCAGACCUGCCCGUUUCCGUACUAAGUGAAAAUCAAGUCCACCGUCAUCAGUUGAAUUCAUCUCCAGGCAAUGACUUCGAACUGAGUGAUGUAUCGAAAAAUGCCGACUCCUCAUGAAUAAUUUGUACCUGGAAUAUUAAUUUCAUGACAUGUUUAUAACGACCAAUGUAAAAAAAAUUCAUUCCAAUAUUAUCUCAAUCUUGGUUCCAGCCUCCUCCCUUUCAUUUACACCAUUGAAUUUUUCAAAAACUUCACAGAGACC